GUUUUCGAAAGCUUGGCAAUUGAUGUUCUGGGCAUUAUUUGAUCAAGCCGACAUGGAAAAUUUUGGCAAAACUCAUCCAAGAUACAAAAUCACAAGUGAAACGGGAAAGUUCCUGUUUGCUAUAUACCUCAUUUUUGCUGUCGUUGUUGGGAUUAAUAUGCUCAUCGCAAUGAUGAAUAAUUCAUUCGAAUACGUUGCGGUAAGUCCGGCAAUAAUAUUUGAGAAAGAUAGAGGUUAAAUUAAAGUUCUCCUUUCGAUGUCAAAACCCUGGACCUCUAAGCGCGAAAAGCACAAUGGAUUACAUGCAAUCGGCGUAAUUCAUACUUCCAUCUUCCGAAACUAUUACGUUGCACAAGCCGUUUUGGUUUUGCGUUACGAAUUCCCGUGAGUUCCCAUUUUUCGUAUUUACUCGCCCGACUAACCCAAUUUAUUACCAAACCCAGCAAAUUCAUGGAAUAUUUAAACUUUUUAACGUUGAAGAAUUUUGUUUGUGAGCAUGCUUAACUCCUUUGGGAAUUAAAUUCAAUAGCAUAAAUACCAAGACAUAUACAGGGUGUAUAAAAAACGGGAGACCUUCAGAAAUCUAGCAUAUUGUUAAAAUUUGAAUGCUUUUUCAAUUGCACAUAAUUAUGCUGAACCGUAGUGCGUGAAGAAAUUAAAAUAACGUUUAAACAAAAGAUUGUCUGCUAAUGGGAACAAUCUGCCAUGCAUACUUGUACGUAGAUCGCAUGUUACGCACUCGUCAGUCGUGGGCUUAGCAAAGUGCUCCAGGAUUCAAAUUAUAACAAUGGCUGAUUUCUAAAGGUCUCCUUCUAAUAUAUGCACUCCAUCAAUAUUUCACGCACUACGGUUCAGCAUAUGUGCAAUUGAAAAGGCAUUCAAAUUUUAACAAUAUGCUUGAUUUCUAAAGGCUUCCUUUUUUUGAUACACCCUGUAUAUACUUGUAAUUUAUAAUAAACAUUAUAUAAGGGGAAUUUCGACGUUUCGAGCGAAGGCCCUUCACUGGAGUUGCUGGCGGGGAGCGGGAAAAUUAGACCCCGUUUACACGGUACCGGACGAAUUUGUGACCGGACUAAAAUUCGUCCUUUUCGGUCGUGUAAACACACGAGAACCACGGAACCGGACGAAUUUGAGACCCCCUAACAGGACGAAUUCGCGUGUAAACAGGCGAAAAAGGACGAAUUUUCGUCCGGUCCCAAAUUCGUCCGGUACCGUGUAAACGGGGUCUUAGAUGAGCUUUUAUAUUAAUGAAUAUAAGAGCGAUCACGUGACAAAUAAUGAAAUAACUGAUCAGACGGAUGUAGUCAAAACAAAGUAUAAACAAAAAAUGUAAACCACAUGACAGAAUAUAUUAACACAAAUAUACCAAUAACAAUUUAUUAUAAUAACUACAACAAAAACAACAAAAUAUACGAAACGAGUAUGGAAUAAGGUUAGAAUUAAAACUAUUGUUAAUAUCUGCAUUUUACAGGCAAAGACAGAUAGAGUUAAACACAUAAAUAAGUCCAUUAAUGCGAUAACGGUGGGCCAGGCAUUAAAAUAAGGAUUUGUUACAAGAACACACUUUAUCUCCACACCAAGGGCAAUUGCAAGAAUCACUUGGAAAUGUGGAACUCAGAUUAGCUUGAGCACAAAUACUCGUCAAAUAAGAAAAGGCUUAUUGCAUGAAUUUUCGUUAAAGUUCAGUGCCUUUUUUCAAAUAGGUAAAAUGCGGGCCGUCAAUAACUUUUCAUUUUCACCGUAACUUGAUUAACAUUAACUCUAUAUCUUGAGCAACGAAAUCAGACUGGUUAUGCAAAUUGACUAAUGCAUAUAUUUCAGUGCCGUACCAGUAAAUAUAUUAAAAUUUGGGGGUCACAGAAGCGUCGUUUUCGGCACAUUUAGAUCGUUUAGACCAAUGGUUGAGCCAAGUACAUAAAUCAUGCAUGCAGUCUAAAUGAUUUAUAACUAAAUUUUCAAUUGUCUAAUGAAAAUCGUUAAAACCGAGUCCUGAUUUUUGUAGCAUGAGUUCUCCGGAUAUUUCCAUUAUCAUAAAACCGCCUAUAGAAAAAUAAUUUAAUGUUAUACAUGUAUAAUGUUAUACAUGUAAUAAUUUAAUGUAUAACAUGUUAUAAACAGAAAAACCAGAAAUAUAUAAACCACAAAUAAAUAUAUAUUUUGCUAUUAUCAGGCAAUAAACACAUGAUUACUUUAAAUAAAAUUGCUGUGGGAAAUGGCUAGAAAUGGAUUUUCUGGGCUUUAUUCCCAAGACCAAGUACAUACUUUUCAAUUUACAAGGACACAUUUUCCUUUUACAAGCUGAGGACACAAAAGUGCGUCAAAAAACACGCUAUUUUAAUGCCUGGGGUGAGCAGUGCCAAGUUUGGAAAUGAGGCGCAUUUCAUGUCUUUGGCGGCUAUCAUUGCUUCCAGAAUUGGGACGGUUGCCUGGAAAUUCCAUAUCUGAAACACCGUGAUUGCCGCCAGUAUUAAAAUGUCUGGCAACGGGCUGGUUAGCAUCAUUGCGAAUGACUGCACGCCGCUGCUCACUAAACCUUGUCCUCACAAGUCUUACACGUACUAUACCUUUGACUCACGAAACCUUGUCCUCAAAGAGUUUACUCGUUUCUCCAAGCGAGCAAAGCCUCUAAAUUCAACUCUUUGUUAGGUAACCGUCCAGUUUCGGCCACUAUAGUCACACUAAUUCAGACGGUGGGACCAAUUUCAUUGCCACGAUUGCUCCCGAUUUAACGCUGUCCGACUUUCAGAGAUUUACCCUCGGGAAAAAUACCACCCAAGCAGAAAGGCGGAAGAGGAUUUAACUUCCACUCAUCAAACCACCAUUUCAAGUCGAUUUGCAUUACGCACGAUGUGAUGUAAGAGGGAAGCCGGGAAAACCGAUUGCGCGAUUGAGUCCGUUGGGAUGGUCUUGUAUCGGAGAUUCAGAAGAGAUAUCGUCAGCGCGUUGUCCGCUUCGUAUAUCAACCUGAUUUACACGUUCAUUGUUAAGUCUGAAUUACUCGAAGAACUUAAUCACUCGCUGAAAAUAUUUUGGGAAUUGGAAUCAGUUACAAAAUACACAGAACAUCACGUAAUGACAGAGAAAGAAAAAUCAGCGUUGUCUCAGUUGCAUGAAUCGCUAUCGCUGUUCAACGUCGGAGAGCAUUUAAGUUACAGUGCCGUGGCAAGAAAGUCGUCCAAUCCUAAUAAACAAUUACGAGACUGCAUUCAAUCGCCUCAAGAAUACUGAGAAACGAUUAUCGAAGAACCAAUCCCUUGGAACAGACUAUACGGUGCAGACAGAUUAACAAUUCGAAUUUAUGAGCAAAAGAAAUACAUCCGCAAAAGUGAGUCCAGAUGAAGCUGGUUCCCGAAGGUUAAGUGUGGUUUCUACUCCAAAUCCCGGUGUGUCGCCCAGAGCUAGCAACGACGAAUACUCGUAUUGUGUUCGACGCAAGCGCUAAACAUCAUGGGUUGUCCUUGAAUGAUAUGAUCUUACCAAGACCAAAGCUGCUCAGCAAUUUUUUUGAUGUACUCAUGCGAUUUCGUCAAUAUUCUGUUGCUGUGGCGUGCGAUAUCCGAGAAAUAUAUAUACGGAUCCGAAUUCCAGCUAAAGAUAUUCGUACUUCCGAUUGUUGUAGAGAGAUCUAGAAAGUGAUCGACGACCUGAUGUCUAUGAAUUUAAAAGAGUGGUCUUUGGUGACACGUUAGCUCCUUUCCAUGCGCAAUUUGUGGCUCAAGAAAACGCCCGACGACACAACGAAACCUACUUCCCUGCGGCGGAGACGGUCGGAAAGUUAACAUGGAUGAUUCGUUGGACUCAACUCAAACGGAGGAGGAAGCAAUCGAACUGUACGAGCAAUUGAACGAGUUGUGGAAGUUAUCCGGUAUAGAAUCACGGAAGUGAGUGUCCAAUUCUUACAGCGUUCUUUAGAAAAUUUCAAUUGAGAAACGGGCAGCAAAAGUCAAUUUAACUAGAGAAUAUCCCUUCGUUUAAAACUUUGGGCAUAUUAUGGUUGGCUGAGGAUGAUGCGUUUUCUUUUCUUUUCGAAGAAGCCCUUCAAUCACAGUUUAGGAAAAGAUCUCUAUUAAGCCGUGUAUUGAAAAUAUUUCAUCCCCUGGAAUUUGUGCCACCAUUCGUCGUUCGUGCAAAGAUUCUAUUGCAAGAGUUAUGGUCGCAAGGGAUAGGAUAGGAGAAUCCAGUUGAGAACGACGUGUAUCGCCAGGCCAAGAGUUGGUUUGACGAGCUAAAAGAUCUUGAAUCCAUAAGAAUUCCCCGAUGUUUGCACAUGAACAAUGAUGAGUAAAUGCUUCGCAAUCCGCGUAUGGCGCUGUCAGCUAUUUGAGAACCGAACAUCCGAACGGAAGAGUCGAGGGCAACAUAAUUGCAUCGAAAACUCGAGUGACACCGUUAAUGCCAGUGAGUAUUCCUGGUCUCUAGUUGUUGGCAGCGGUCUUAGGAUUACGGUUAGCAUUAGUCAUUGCAAGAGCAUUGAAUCUUCCUAUCUCCGUGGCGCGGUUUUGGUGAGACAGUAUGGACGUGCUGCUCUGGAUUCGUGGACGCGGCCGAGAAUUCUUAUUUUUCGUGGCAAAUUAAAUAGAGUUGGAUUCAUUCAAAAUCAAAUCAAUCUGGAGCAAUGGCAAUACAUUGGGACAAAAGACAAUCCUGCUGAUAUGUGCUCUCGUGGAAGUAAAGCAGCUCAGUGUUAUGGUGGCGAGGUUCUCAAUUUCCUCAAAAAACGGAAUCGGAGUGGCAACUGUAGAAGAUCGUUAACGAAGGAGGCAUUGGUCGCAAUUGAGUCAUCGUUGACGUGGUUAGUCCAGCCUACCGUUUUUUCUAGCAGUCCUUCGUGGAGAUUGAAUCCAGCAAGAUUGUCCAGCUGGUAGAGAUUCACUCAUGUCCUGUCUUGGGUAUUGAGAUUUGUUGACAACUGCCGUAACACAGUCAAAAGUCGGAGUAUGAAGUUAUCAAGAACGGAAAAUUGCUGUCGACAAAGAACAAGGUUGUUGAAGUUGACGCCUAAGAUUGACAAUGACGGCGUACUUCGAUGUAAUGGUUAUGUUAUGCAGAAUUCUUGCCAUACGAAGUUUCUUUUCCAGUCAUAUUACCAUGGGGUAGUUGGGUGACUAAGUUGAUCGUCAAACAUUAUCACGAGAUUGGCCAACACGUCUUUGGGCACCAACCAUCCUGAAAAAUCUUAGCAAUGAAUAGUGGGUAAAGGCAGCACGGGAACGUUAAACAACGCUGAUGUGAAUGAUGAGGAACUAUUAACGGUGUUUAUUGAAGUUGAAGCGACGCUGAACUCAAGACCACUUACUUACCAGACGGCUGAUCCGAAGUAGGGGCAAAUUAUCUUCUGAGGCUGUUGAUUGUUUGGAAUUCAAUCCUCGACAACGUUGGAGAAGAGAACAAAAAUUAGUUAAACGUCUUUGGAAGCGAUGGAUGGGAGAGUGGCUACGGUUGAUUAACAUACGGACAUAGUGGUGGGAACCGAAACGUGACAUAAAUGUUGGGGACUUGGUUCUCGCGAUUUCUGCUGAUCAGAUCCGUGGACUUGGCCGUUGGGUCGUGUAAGAGAUGUUUUCCCUGAGAAAGACGGGCAUGUUCGUGUGGCGAAAGCUCAAAUCGGAUGGGACACAGUUAUCAGGCCAAAAACGAAAUUGGCAUCUGUUGAACUUAGCGAAGAACAACGACUUGAACGCUUGAUCGUUUAGACUUUAAUGUUUAUUAAUUGGGACUAUUAUAAUUAGAAUUUUAAGUGCCUUUGUCUACGUGGGACGUUAGUUUAAUUGUUAUAAUUAUUGAGUAUCACUCGUCGAACAAUGGAUGUUUAAGUUUAUAAACUACAUUUUAAUCAACAACGUGAACAGUACGUAAAACAGUAAAACAAAGAUGGCGUGAUCUAAAGUUCAAAGUACUUUGUCAUACGUCACAUGCAGUUCUAUUUUUCGCAUACAUUGAAUUAUAUUAAUUGAACCUCCCUCUCGAAAAAUAUGAGCUAAAAUAUAUAUAACGUGUUCUUUAAACGUUCAAUAUUAAACUAAAGAAUCUUUCCAACUCCCAUAGGUUCUCUCAAGCGUUGAAACAUUGAUUUUCCUGAUGGUUUAGUCAACAAUUAAGUCCGCUAACAUUUCUUCCAUAGGACAGUAGUCUAGAACAACUUCCUUCUUUGCAACUUUAUCACGUAUGAAGUGGUGUUUUAUAUCGAUAUGCUUUGUUCUGGGAUGAUACUUAGGAUUCUUUGACAAAGCUAUUCCUCCUUGAUUAUCCUCUUUGAUCAUCGUUGGCUUGUUUUGAACAAAACUGAUAUUUUGGAGUAACGCUCGUAACCAAACUGCUUCCUGACACGCUAAUGAUGCAGCGACAUACACCGCUUCAGUUGAAGAAAGCGCGACAACACCUUGUUUCUUACUAGCCCAACUGAUUACUCCUCCACACAGUGUAACAAAUAUCUUGAUUGGAUUACUUCCCCAAUCGGCAUCAACAAGACCAUUCAACUGUACUUCAGUUUCUUUGUUUCCAUCGAAUGUAAUUCCGUAAUGAAUUGUUCUUUUGAUGUAUCAUAAAAUUCUUUUAGCUGCUGCCCACUAGUGUUCAAUUUCUGGGUUUGAACAAAAUUGAUUAACCAAACCUAACGUUCGAGCGAGGCUAGGUCUAGUACCAGUUACCGCAUAAGUUAAUCCUCCGAUUAAGGCUUGAUACUUGGGUUUUUAAACUGGUCCUCCUUUGUUAGGUAGUAAUUUAGAGCCUUGGUCAACAGGCGUUGCAGCUGGUUUGCAUUUUUCUAUUCCAAACUUCUUUAACAAGUUCGUGAGAUGCUGUGAUUGAUGUAAUCUCAUUCGUUUCUUGGUUCUAUCUCGUUCUACUUGAAUACCAAGGCAAUAAUGAACUUCUGGGAGAUAUUUCAUUUCGAAACGCUUCCUCGACGCUUCUCUCUCUUACUAUUACUAGCUGGUAUCAAGUCAUCGACGUACAAGGCUAUGAGCAUGAUAUCAUCUCCCUCUCGCUUUAUGUACAGAGAAGGGUCCGAGCUUGAUUGUACAUAGGCAGAAUUCUUUAAGUUUUGAUCGACCGUGUUGUACCACACCUUGAUGACUGCUUCAAGCAGUAGAUACUUUAGUUUUAUUUGCAAACUAAUUAACUCUUCCUCACCUUCUUUCACGUAUCCUUCUGGUUGCUUCAUGUAUAUUUCUUCUUCCAAUUCACCGUUCAAGAUCGCCGUAGAAACGUCCAUUUGAUGUACUUCAAAAUCUAACUGGUUAGCCAUUGUCAAUAAUGAACGAAUAGAUGUAUACUUCGCUACAGGAGGAAAGGUUUCAUCAUAAUCUAAUCCAAGUUCUUGUGAGUAUCCUUUCGAAGAUCCUGAAAGUGUUCUGAUUAGGUAUUAUACCGACACGAAAUCGUUGCUGUUUCAAGGCGAUCGAGGUAAGAAAAUCAAGAACUUUUUAAUCGGAAAGAUUGCGAGUAUUUCGCAACCCGGCGGAGAUAAACAUUCUUCAAGGUCAAGCGAGCAAAAUAGUACAAGUAUACACGAUGAUAGCAUCGUAUUAGUUAACAGCCCAAGUCAGACGCUUAGUGAACGUCACGAUGAGGAUGAAUAUGCUCUAAAUUUAAGUGAGUUUGAAUCUGUGAACACCAUAUCGGUAGAUAAUUCUAGUCAGACAUAUGAAAUAGAGUCGACUGAAUAUCAUUCAACUCGGAUUAGUCGAGAAUGCAAUUGCGCAUGCAGUCAAUCCUCUAAAGAUAUUGAAAUUUGAAAUCUACAAUUACUAAGCUACAAUCGUCAAUUGACUCAUUCGAGAUUAUAUUGAAGGAUCAUGACUCAGUCCUUUCCAUGUACAAUAGGGCUGCAGAUAUGAAUGACAAAUACUUAAAAGAGAUAAAUGAGAGUAAACAGCAUAUAGUAUAUCUCGAACAGAAAUUGCUUGAGACAAGUCAAGAAAGAGAUUCUCUACAAUUAGCUACUAGGCUUAUUGCCCAGGACAAAUACUGUCAUCAUCAUACAAGUCAGAAUGAGGUAGCUGAAACCGCUGCUAGAAAAAAAGAUAAUGUUUGGCAGAAAGUGCAUAAUACUAAUAACAAUGGUGUGUAUCAUAACAAGCAAACUAAGCAAUUAACAAGAACUGACAUUGGCACCGCAAACAGAUUUGAAUUAUUAAUUAACGAGGAUGGAAACAAUUAUAGCUGUUGUGAACCGGAACAGGAACAGAAUCACAAGAGCUCACAAGCAAGAAAUACACAAUCGACUCACGACCCCAGCGAUCAUUCCCAACUAGACAGUAAUGUUGAUCAAUCCGCUCAACACGUCAGGUCUCCACAACAAACAUCUACCUCUAGUUCUCUUUCCAAACAAACCCCAAAUAGGGGUCUGAAUGGAAAGCAAGGUGGCAAACGGCAUAAUGGCGAUCGUAAGAAUCAAAAGUCUGGACACUCAUCUCGCAAAGUAACUAUUGUCGGAGAUUCAAUGUUGAAGAACCUGAAGGGUUACAGGAUGUCUAAAGAAAACAAAGUCAAAAUAUCUACAUUUCCUGGUAGUACCAUUAGAGAUAUGUACGACUACAUUAAACCUGUUCUGAGAAAGAAACCCGACCAAGUAAUUAUACACGUAGGUACAAACAGCCUACGAGAAUCUGAAAGCCCCACAUCCUGUGCAGAGGAAAUUGUUGAAUUAGCUAAAUCGGUGGAACAGACAGAUGGAAAGGAAACGGAGGUAAUUAUAUCAAGCUUAAUAUUCAGAUCAGAUGAUAGUAGACUUGGGAAACAAAUUGAUGAAGUGAACUUAGCGUUAAGUAAGUUAUGUCGACAACACAAUUGGACACUAAUAGACCACUCAAAUAUUACACAAAAACAUUUAAAUCGAAGUGGUCUGCAUUUGAGUAGAGACGGAACUACUCAAUUAGCUCGUAAUUUUUUAAAUAUCAUAAAUCAUAAUAAUAAUUGAAAUAUUGCCGGAUGGGAAUCCCUAAUCUCUGUGCUUCCAGAUGAUAAUAAUGAUAAAACUGAAGAUACACCUUUAACUAUCGGUCAUAACGUCUAUGGACGUGGCUUAGUGAUGGCCUCGUUAAAUAUAAAUAGCCUUUUAGCUCACAUUGACGAACUUAGGGUGUAUAUGAAUAAUGGUAAAAUAGAUGUGCUAGCAAUUAACGAAACUAAAUUAGAUUCAACGAUUGAGAAUAGUGACAUCCAUAUCCCUGGAUAUGAGAUAAUUAGGAAAGAUCGAAAAAUUAAUGGUCGGAACGGUGGAGGUGUCUGUAUUUUUGUGCGAUCCAAUAUUAAUUAUAUAACGCGAGAUGACUUGAAUUCCGAAAAUUUAGAAUGUCUUAUAAUAGAAAUUACCAAACCACGGUCAAAAUCGUUGAUUCUUGGCACAUGGUAUAGACCACCCAACUCUCCAAUUAGUUAUCUAGAUGAUUUUGAAAAUAUUAUUGGAAAGCUGGACUCAGAAAAUCAAGAGAUGUGUAUAUUAGGUGACAUUAACAUAGAUCUUAUGCAUGAACCGAUCUCGGCCAAUGCUGUAAAACUGAAUUCCAUACUAGAUAUUUAUGGUAUGGAUCAGCUAAUAACCGAACCUACAAGAAUUACUAAUUGUUCUCAAACCUUGAUUGAUCUAUGUUUCACAAAUGUACCAUCAAAAAUAAUAAAAUUCGGCGUUAACCACAUAUCUAUUAGCGAUCAUUCACUUGUGUUUAUGACUUAUAAAACUAAUAUAGAACGUACCGGGACGCGCACAAUAAAAACUCGUUGUUUAAAGAAUUUCAAUAGAGAUAAUUUUCUUAGAGACUUGGAACAAAAGCGGUGGUGGGAUGUUAACACAAAUACUGAUCCUAAUGAUAUGUGGGACACGUGGAAAAGUUUAUUAAUGGAGUGCAUUGACAAGCACGCACCAUCUCGCUCCAAAAGAGCAGGCAAAAAAAAAUCGCCGUGGAUAACAAGCCAAUUGUUACGACAUAUGCAUAAACGAGAUUAUCUGAAGCGGAAAGCAACAUUGGCCGAUGAUCAAACUUUAUGGGAAGAAUAUAGGGUUGCUCAAAAUCGUACCAAUAACGAAAUUAGAAAAGCAAAGCAAGAGUAUUUUAUAACGAAUUUGGAAACUGCUAAAACAAAUCCAAGAAAAACAUGGAAAUUAAUUAACGAACUAAGCUCGCGUAAUUAUAAUAAGUCAAGUAUCAUUAACGAGAUUAAAGUAGACGGAAAAACAAUAAAUACACCUGCAAAUAUAGCUGAAGCUUUUAACAAUCACUUCUCAAAUAUUGGUGAGAAUCUAGCCUCAGAGAUACCCAUUUCUAACGUCAACCCUGAAGACUAUUUAGAAUCAACUGAGCAGAGAUUUUCCAUUAGACCUCCUCCGGUUGAUAUGGUUUAUAUUCUGUUGAGUAAAAUUAACGAACGAAAAGCUCCAGGUCUCGACAACAUUCCUAAUAAGCUGUUAAAAAUAGCAGCUGCAAUAAUCUCACCAUCAUUAACUGAUAUAUUUGCCAGAUCAAUUAACACUGGCAUAUUUCCAUCCGAGUGGAAAAUGGCUAGAGUAACACCAAUAUUUAAGAAAGGAAAAAGGAAUGAUCCGAUAACUAUCGACCAAUAUCAGUUAUUUCAGCUGUAGCCAAAAUCUUCGAAAAAUCAAUCUUUGAGCAACUUUAUAAUUACUUCAGUUCUAACAGCUUGUUAACGCAUUGCCAGUCCGGUUUCAGGUCGUUACAUAGUACACUUACUGCUCUUCUUGAAGCCACUAGUAACUGGUCAGUUAAUAUUGACAAUGGCCUCUUCAAUGGAGUAAUAUUUAUCGACCUUAAAAAAGCAUUCGAUACUAUUGAUCAUCAGAUAUUACUGCGGAAGCUUCGAAUUUACGGUAUGGAUCAAUUAAGUCUCGAAUGGUUUCAGUCUUAUUUGACCGGUCGAUCUCAGAAAUGUAAUGUUAGAGGUUGCUUGUCAUCAUCUGCAUCAGUUACACGUGGUGUACCACAGGGAAGUAACUUAGGACCAUUACUCUUCCUUAUGUAUAUUAACGACCUUCCUAAUUGUCUCAGUGCAGCAGUACCGAGAAUGUUUGCUGAUGAUACGAACAUUAGUUAUGCGGCCAACACUAUCGCCGAACUAGAAAAUGUUAUUAAUUCGGAAUUAAAAAAAUUGAAAAGCUGGUUGGAAGCGAACAAAUUAAGCCUUAAUAUCGCCAAGACAGAAUUUAUGAUAAUAGGAUCUCGACAACGUAUGCAUGUGCACACUAACGAAAAUAUCAAUAUUGACCUGGAUGGUCAUGUGAUUAAACAAGUUGAUGAGGCAAAAUCACUAGGUGUAAUUAUUGAUAAAAAUCUGUCUUGGUCUAAACACAUUGAUAUGAAGUGUAAAAAGAUUUCUUCCGCUAUAGGUGCUCUUAAGCGAAUAAAACCAUUUAUAUCAACUGAAACAGCAAUCCAAAUUUACAACGCUAUAAUUCAACCUCACUUUGAUUACUGUAGUCCCAUUUGGGACGAAUUUGGCGCAACAUUAUGUGAAAAAAUGCAAAAAUUGCAGAAUAGAGCUGCUAGAGUGAUUACGAAAUCCAACUACGAUGUCAGCUCUAGCAUUCUCUUAGAGAAACUGCAUUGGGACAAUCCAUCCUUACGUAGGAAAAAGCACAAGUCUAUACUAAUGUUUAAAACUAUCAAUAAGCUAACGCCAGAGUAUUUACAAAACAUGUUUACAUUUCGCAGCACAGAUUAUAACUUAAGAAAUGCAGAAAUUAAGCUAAAUUUACCAAAACCACGUACGGACUUUAUGAAGCGUAGUUUCUACUACAGUGGAGCAAGUUUAUGGAAUGCGCUUCCUCAAACUGCACGUACGUACAAAUCAUUGAGGCAUUUCAAAAAUGAAAUUAAUCAAUUCUUGACAUUAUAAUGGGAUCCCCACACGGCAAUCUUGGAAAACAGUGCAUUUUAGUUAGGAAAUUAGUGUGUAUAUAGUGAUGUGUGAAAUUUAUUAAUAGUUUUUGUAUUUUAUUCUACACUGAAGAUUUUACCGUGUUUAAAUAAAUGUUCAAUGUUCAAUGUUCAAAACGAGCUUUGUAGCGCAAUACAGACGUCGACCCAUCCGCGUUGUAUUUAACUUUAAAUAUCCAUCGACAAUCAGUAUAUUUACAACCUUCAGGCAGAUUCGCUAAUGUCCAUGUAUUGUUCUUAAUAUUAGCUGAAUAUUCAUUGUCCAGAGCUUGUUUCCAUUGUUCUUAAAGCUUCCCUUAUAGUUGUAGGCUCUUCUGGACUGGACUCACUAUUAACACAUGGAACAUUAUUUUGCCACCAAUUGCCCAGUAAUUGGGGGAGGGGGGGUGGGGUGAAAAGGUUUUCGGAUCGUCGGAUUUCACAGAAAAAAAUGUUCGGAUUUCGGAUCUGGCGAAUAUUUUACACGGAUUUGCGGAUCUUAUUAAUACAGCGGAUUGCGGAUUUAUUUCGGAUUGUGGAUUUAGCUUGCAAUUUAGUUCGGAUCCUGGAUUGUGACUUCAUAAAAGAUCUUUUAGCGGAUUCAAAUUUAGACAAGACCAUUGUCGGAUUGCGGAUUUUGCUUCAAAUUUGGGCGGAUCGGCGGAUUUGUAUACCCCUAAUCACCCCCCCCCCCCCAGGGAUUACUACACCAUGUCUAUCUGGUGGUUCUCGUUUGCGCUUUGAACGUCGUGGUAGCUGCUCCACGGUUUCUCUACUGGUGCUCGGUUCUUCAGUACUUUCAUCAUGAUCAACUGUGUCUUGAUCUCCUGGAAUAACAUGCUCGGAAGAUGGUUUGUUCUCUUGCGGUCCUUUUUGGUCGUCAGGGGCGGAAUCAUUCAAGUUUACAAUUUACAUAAAUUUCCUUUGUUGAAUAAAUUUAUCUUCUUCAAAUAAAACAUCCCUGGAUAAUCAUGGACAUCCCAUCCGAGUCUUAGGAUUAUAAAAUCUAUAUCCCAUACUUAUAUCCAGCAAAUAUACAUUUCUUGGUCUUCGAAUCCCAUUUCUUUCCGGUUUCUUUAGGAACAUGCAUGUAUGUCUUGCAUCCGAACACAUUAAAAUUGGACACGUCCGGUUUCUUACCAUUAAAGGAUUCAUAUGGGGACACAUUGUCCACUGCAACUGUAGGACAACGAUUUCUAACAAUAACUGCUGUGCAUACUGCGUCAGCCCAAAAUUUCGUAUCCAGUCCAGCAUUAUGUAUCAUAGAUCGUGCAGUUUCCUGAAUAGUUCUAUUCAUGCUUUCUGCUACUGCAUUCUGUUGGGGAGUUCUAGGUACACUAAGUUGGUGCUGGAUUCCCUUUUCUUGAAGGUAAUUAACACAUUCUUUUGAGGUGUACUAACCGCAAUUAUCCGAUCGAAGAAUCUUUAUUUUCUUUCCUGUGAUAUUAGAGACCAUUGCUUCGUAUUCUUUAAAUUUCUCAAGCAUUUGAUCCUUGAUUUUCAUGAAAUAAACUGCUGUGGAUUUCGAUCUAUCAUCAAUAAAAUUCCCAAGGUAUUUAUUACCGCAGAGACUGUUCUCUUGCAUUGGUCCACAGACAUCUCUGUGAAUAAUUCUGAGAAUUUUACUAGCUUUUACUACAAUCCUGGCAAAAAUUAUUGUGGACACCGCGCGUGCGUCAAACAAAAAUAGAUGUAUUUCUACAGAAUUAAUCCCCAGAAAAUUUCCCCCCCUCCUACCCCCAAUUCAAUGUUGGUAAAUGCAACUUUUAAAAUUCAAAUGGGAGAAACAACAUUGAAUAGGGGGCAGGGGGCGAGAAAUUUCAUGAAAGAACGUCUCAAUGUUAACAUUGGCGUUAGAAAAGUUAGGUGUCCACAUAAUUUUUGCCCGGAUUGUAGCUCUAGAAACGAAGCAGAAAAAAAUCAUCAUAGCGCCGAUAGCGACAGAUAGUAGCAAUGUAAAUUUUCACUUUUUUUGACAAUUUUUUGCACACUUUCAAUGGAAAAUCGUACCCGAAUAUAACAAUUUAAGUACAAGGAGCAAGAUAAACUAAAAAGGUUUGCUAACGAGCAAUUAAAACAAUGCUUAAAUGGCAUAGCUGGUGUUAUCUAAACGUGUAAAUUUUCAUAUAUAUUAUUAACAGGUAAUAGUAGGUUUCUCAUUCAAUUUGGAAAAACGUACACCCGUGAGGUUUUCAAAGACUUGAUCGUCUUCGAAAAACUCAGUCGUUCAUGUUUUCUCGAAAUUGCACUCGAAACCAUACUAUUACAUAGGGGCUGAUUACAUGGAGAAUUUUCAGCCGGUUAAACGAGCUGAAAUUACAUCCAGUGGGUAGCCAGCUCGACAAUUUAGUCCCGCUAUGCAAAUUCAAAAUUAUUAUCAUUAUUCAUUUCUUUAGAAAUUGAUUGUUUUCACAGUCAAUGAACAUGGAAAUAUUUGCAUAGCGGGACCAAAUAGUCGGGCUGGCUACGCUACUGAUUACAUCAUCACAAUUACAUGAGCCGUUUGAGCUCGGGCUGAGUUUAGUCAAAGCUAUAUUUAUAGUCAAUCCAGACUGCAAUGUCAGCCCGGGCUGAAAUGAUCUGAGUGUCACGAAAUAGGACAAUAAGCCCGUUACGCUUCUUUGAAGUAUUCAGUCGCUGAUUAGUCGACUAUUUUACUUGUGUAAGACUGUGGUUAUAUGCAAAGUAUUUAAAGAUGAAACAAACACGCAAAUGCUGCCGAUCUUGGUCAUGUUACUGCUUGCUGUGUUUUAAUAGGAUUUUAUCCUUAGCCGGGCUGAAAUUUCAGCCCGGCGUAGUAUUAAGUGAGUUUCAGCCCGGAAACUCAGCCCGGGCUGAAAACUCUUUAUGUAAUCAACCCCUUAUACAAAUAUACUUCUAAAUCAAUUUGAAUAUGCUGUACUUAUCCUGUUGUAGCUAUUCCUUCAUUUAUUGUGGGCUUUUGCUUUUAGGAGGAUAAACGCUGCUUGAACUGGAAGAUGAGCAGAACGGCCAUGUGGUUAGAAUUCACAGACAAGGCUGACUUCUGGCUACCCCCACCAUACAAUAUUCUGCAUUAUCUAAUUUAUUUUGUCAUGCAUAUAAAG